GGCCACUUCCUUUCUCCGCUGCCGUCUCACUGUCCCCAGGCUGCUCCUGCCUCAUGGCACCAAUGGCGGUGAACUUCAUUCUCGGUUGGUGGCUGGUGGCAGCGAGCAGGGCACAGCAACUGCCCCGACCCUCCCUGUCACUGCACCCCAGCCAGGGGGUGUCCCUGGGGGACAAUGUCACCCUGCGCUGCCACCUGCCCCGGCUGGCUGCCCGGGUCUGGCUGUACCGGGAAGGAGAUUGGUCGUACAACAAGGGGAAGAAGAAGGAUCAGGACGCGGCCGAGUUCUCCUUUGUUGGCACACUGCAGGAACACGCAGGUCGUUAUCGGUGUCAGUACUGGGUGCCUGAGUCAGCCGAGGUGUCAGUGGAGAGUGACCCUGUGGAGCUGGUGCUGACAGAUCUCAGAUAUCCCCCAUCCAGAAUUUCCCUUCACCCUGAGCAACAUGUGGGAACAGGGACCAAUGUCACCAUCCGCUGCUGGAACAAGGAUUACGGGGCCACCUUCCUCCUGCACAAGGAUGGGAGCUCAGACCCUAUCAAGCACCAGAACUCCAGUGGUGGGGGCACAGCCACUUUCACCCUCUUUGGGGUGACCCCAGCUGACAGUGGCACCUACAGGUGCUCCUAUCGCCCCUGGCGCUACGCCUUCAUGUCCUCACCCCUUGGGGACAGCGUGAUGCUGGAGGUGACACCCACACCUGCACCCCCAGGUGCUGAGGAGCAGUCCCGUGCCAAUCUGGUGAUGGCACUGGUGAGGGGCUUUGUGGCUGCACUCGUCUUUGGCCUCGGAGUCUUCUUUGUCAUCGAUGCCCGCAGCCUCUGGAUACGGAGAGAUGACAACUGUGGUGCCCCCCCCCCGUGACAGUGAGAGUCUGACCUACGCCGAAAUUCAUGCUGUGACCCCUGCUCCCCGGCCACCCAUCAGCCCCCCAUUAUCUACACCCAUGUGGGCAGUGGGGGACCCCUGCUGAUACCCCCACACCCGCAGUGCUUCAUUUUUAAGGCGUUCUGAAAGGGACACACCCCAAAUUCCCCACUUGGAGCUCCAUGAUACAGCAAUCCCAUCCUUAUACCCCUAAAUCCCAAGAAAUCAAACAUCCCCAAAUCCUCCCCUGUGCAGCUCAUCUCAUUUAAAGUCCACCAAAUCCCUGAAUUCUCCUCUCUCACCCCCAAAUCCUUCUUGAUUCCCCUCAAAUCCCGUAACAUCCCUUGAGAUCACAAGUACUCCUUAAUCCACCCCAAAACCAAACACCUCUGCUAGAUAACCUGCAAAUCCUUCUCAAUCCAACCCCACAAUUCCACCGAAGACCCACUCACCCCACAGCACAUCCACCUCCAAUUUGACCCCCCGGAGAUCCCUCCCAGAGUCUCCCUCCUGCUCUUCUGUCUUGCAGCUCCUCAAAGUGGAUUCAAAAUGAUUGCUUUUCUCCCUCCAUCACCUCUCUCUCUUACGUUCCUUCUCUGCUUCUCUCCAUUUCCUCUCUUUUCUUUCUUUUACUCGCUCUUCCUCAUUUUCCUCCCAGUCAUCUUUUAGUCUUCUCCUGCAGCAGCCAUAACCUCAAUUUCCCUGGAGGUAGCAGAGAAGGCAAUAACACCAGUGUAAAGUACCCUUUAUCUGUAUCGCUCAUUCACUGCUACUAGGAUAUCCCCUAAUUUUGUUGCAGGGCAGUUGAUUAGCUGAAGGAGGAAAGUUCAAUAAAUGGUCUUCUGUUGUUCCUCU